AUGUAUUCCAGGCACAACAUAACAGUUCAUGGAGCUAAUAGUACAAGUUUCAACACAACGGGUUUAAGAGGAGACACGGUGUAUAAUAUCAGUGUUUCUGUUAAUACCAAGUUUGCUGGGUUAUUUGGCCUCCCUAUUCAAAUUGUUACACCACAAGGAACACCAUCAAUGUCUGCAUACAAUUUUACGUGCAAAGCAGUGAGUCACAGUUCACUUCUACUACAAUGGAAACACUCUCCUCCGGCUUUUCUAGAAGGUAUUCGAACGAAAUAUAAGAUUUAUUACCAACUUUGGAACAAGGUAGUGACUGAAAUUGACGAACCAUAUAAACGAAAUAUGGAGUUGUUCUUCUUGAAACCAAGUACAACAUACACUGUAUGGAUAACGGCUUUCACAAAUGCCGGUGAAGGUGAACCAACAACUAAAAUUAAUUGCUCAACAUUGGAAACCUGUAAGUUAAUAAAAUCCUCUUGAUUUAUCUUAAAUUCGGUGAUGAUGAUGUCGAUAGUAAAAUAGGGUGCAUGGAUUCGCAUGCGACUAUGCGUUUAUUUAUUCUGCGUUUUCCAAACUGAUAUUGAAUGUGAUUAUUUAUUAAUAAUUGCUUUUUUCACCACGACUAUUUGAAAAUGUCAAACUGACAUGUAAUAUAGUCAUAAUUGUUAUUACACAACACUAAGAUAUCAAAAUGCUGAGUAGUAUGGAUAAGAAUUUUAUAUUUUUUAUUUCGCAUUGCUGAAGUUCGCAAAUUCCGGACUUUUUGAAAAAAGAUUGUAGUUUAAGGGUUAUUAUAUACCGUACGUCCACGCAUGAAAAGUAGAUCUGAAGGCGAGAAUAAUGAAUGAAGUUCAUAACAAUGCUUUACAUUUCAUAAAGUAUUAAUAAAAACUUUAUUAAGCACGUUUGAAUCUUGAGUAAUGUUUUCUGUUAACGCUUUACUAAAUUUUAUCUUCAUAUUUAUAUUAUGGUUGAUACUAGGGCACAUUGAGUUGAACUUUCAAUAUCAAAAGUAAAGAUUUAAAUACUUUAAAUUUAGUACCGAUAGCGUAUCCAUUAACCGUUACUGCAACCAGUUACCACUAUCCGCAUUCAAGUUUAAUACGAUGGAAUCACUUGGAAGAUGAUCAAUGGAUGGGUUUUAAAGUUGGUUACACUAUUUUUUACUCAAAAUUAUCCACGGGAGAAAUAGGAGUUGAUGGACCAAUUACCGAUAAUUUCACAGAAGUUGGCUA